AUGUAUAAUGAAUUGUAUUUUUUGUGCUGGGAGCCGGCUGCGGUUAAGAAGCAGGCGCCGCCGCGCCCCCCGCCCCCCGCCACCAGCCCCGCGGCCCCCGCCGCCCCCACCACCUCCGGCGCACUGCCCUACCCCUCGCAGCCGCAGGGUAUGCCGUUGCCGUACGGAACAACGGGCGCUCCGUACCCGGUGUACGCGGCGCCCAUGCCUGCGCUGUACAACCCGUACGCCACGCUGCCGUACCCUCACCACGCUAGAAUGCCGCCGCCGCAGCCCUACCAGCCCUACCAGUACCAGCAGCAGCCUUACCAGCAGCCCUACCAGCCGCCGCCGCCCGGGUACAACCCCUACCCGCAGCAGUAA